AUGACCGAGAGAUCCUCGCUUCUCAACCGUAGGCGGGAGAACAACCAACAACACUAUAAUGCCCUGAAUGAUGUUUCACCAAUAUCGUCAUUCCCAUCGACACCUUCUAUCGGCGAUAUCCAGGCAAACAACAACUCUGCACCUGCAACCUUUAUCACAGCAUCCCAUGGAGCACACAAUCAACAUGGAUCGAGUGACCAUCACAAGUUCAAGCUAUUUAACAAGCGACAUGGAUCAUACGAUGAAGAUAGACAAGGCUUGAUCAAGGAAAACACAGGUGUGCGUGUGUGGUACGAAUCUUACUCGACGAUUGAUUGGAUUCACGACCACAUCAAGGAAGGAUUAAGAUUACGUAGAUUGCGAGAGACACCUGGACUACGUGGGCGAUGGAUGAAGGCCAAGGAUGCAUCACAAGCAUGGAUACUUGUGAUUUUGACGGGUGCGACAGUAGCAGUUAUAGCAGGACUCAUUGACGUCGUUCAAGAAUGGAUGUCUGAUCUAAAGGGGGGAUAUUGUACCACCAAUUGGAGAUACAAUAGCAAAUUCUGCUGCUGGGGCAAACAAGAGUAUGAGCCUUGCCCAGCAUGGAGAACAUGGCCCGAAGUCUUUGGUGCAUCCACCGAAUCUGGUGCCUAUUAUACUGCCAUGUUCAUGUACACCGCUGUAGGACUGUUCCUCGCGCUGAUUGCAACUCUCAUGGUCAAAUAUUCAGCCGAGAAGGUCACUUUCCGCACUCCUUCAACAAAGCCAACGAAUGGCGUGACCCCAUCGGGUACCCAAUCCACCAUUGCCAAGGAUGCCGACAUGCCCCCUCCCAAACCUCAAACAAAGAUUGCCUACUACAGUGCAGGUUCUGGUAUCCCCGAAGUCAAAGUUAUCCUUGCCGGUUUCGUUAUCAAGGGCUUCCUUGGAAUCAAGACCUUAUUUGUCAAGAGCGUCGGCAUGAUCUUCUCUACCUCUUCAGGCUUAAAUUGUGGCAAGGAAGGUCCAUUCGUUCAUUUGGCAUGUUCAGCUGGAAACAUCUUUUGCCGCCUUUUCCGCAAGUUUAACAAGAACGAGAGCAAGCGUCGUGAGAUUCUUUCAGCAGCCUCUGCAGCAGGAGUUGCUGUCGCUUUUGGUGCUCCUAUCGGUGGCGUGCUAUUCAGCCUUGAAGAGGUCAGCUACUACUUCCCCAUUAAGACAAUGAUUCGGAGUUAUUGCGCUGCCAUGGUCGCCGCCAUGGUUCUCAAGCUCAUGGAUCCCUUCGGCACCGGGAAGAUUGUACUCUUCCAAGUACACUAUGAUAAGGAGUAUCACGUGUUUGAGCUUAUCCCCUUCCUCAUCACUGGAGCUUUUGCUGGAUUUUUCGGUGCUGUAACCACCUACUACAAUAUCAAGUACCAGCACUUGCGUAAAAACACGAUCAUUGGAAAGUACCCCGUAACGGAGGUUUUGGUUAUCUUGCUUGUCACAGCUAUCACCAGCUUCUGGAACCCCUUUGCUCGAUUGGGAUUGAAUGAAUUUGCAUACAACUUAUUUUCAGAAUGCUCUCCUGAAGACGACAAUGCUGGUUUAUGCGCGGCCACUGUGACCGAAAUCCCUCGUUUACUAUACCUUUUGCUGACUGCCUUGGUGAUCAAGAUGAUUCUGACAAUGGUUACUUUUGGUUGUCGCGUACCAGGUGGUAUUUUCCUUCCGGCUUUGAUUAUCGGUGCUAUCACAGGACGUGUAAUUGGUCUUAUUAUGCAAUACCUCACUCUCACGUAUCCUGACACGUGGCCAUUUUCGGUAUGUGAGGAAGAUCUUGCCACUCAAGGCAAGUGCAUCAUCCCUGGAGUCUAUGCUAUGGUUGGUGCUGCUGCUGCUUUAGCUGGUGUGACACGAACAACAGUGUCCCUUGUCAUUAUCAUGUUCGAAUUGACGUUCUCUUUGGUCUAUGCUGUGCCGAUUAUGAUUUCGGUCAUGAUGGCAAAAUGGGUUGCCGACGCCAUGUUUGUGGAAGGCAUCUACGACUUGCUGAUCGACUUGCAGCUUUAUCCAUAUCUUGAUGCACGAAAGGAAUAUGCUCACACACAUACGGUUCAAGAUUUGAGUGAGAAAGAUCAUCUUUCUAUCAACCUUGAUCAAAUCAACACAGCCGGGAACCUCUACGACAAGCUUGACGAGAUGGAUGUUUUGGGUUAUCGUGAAGAUGGUGGUAUACCGAUUCUCAGCAAUCAAGGUCGCUAUCUAGAAGGCUACAUUGCGACAAGUGAGUUGUCACAUGCGCUUGACGUCUUACGAAAGCACUUUGAUGAGAGCCCGUAUCCUAUGGGUGAACAAGAAUUCCGUGACAUCCCUUGCUACUUCCGCCGAGGCAGCCAAGGUGUGCUUCCUGAUACUUCAGAUGAUGUUAGCAGCUCCAUUCUUUGUUUAAUCUCAUCAAAGAGCACACACGGGGACAAUACCGACGAUAUAGAUACAGAGCAACGUCAUUCAACACCGCUAAACGAUUUUUCUGUUUAUGUGGAUCAGGCACCGCUUACUUUGAGUCCAAACGCUUCCAUGGAGUUGCUAAUGGAAAUGUUUACCAAGCUUGGAGCACGCUACGUUUGUCUCGUUGGAAACGACGGGCAGUAUCUUGGUAUCGUUCACAAGAGGACGCUCAUUGCAUAUCUCAAGGAGCUCGAAGAAGAUUGA